AAAUAGUGCAGAGUGUGGGCUAAAGUGACAUCAGAAGUUUGUGCAACUCCUACAAGCAAUCAGGCAGAAUGAGCAGCUAUCAACUGACUUUCAUUUUGGGCAUCGCCUUUCUGUGCGCCCUGGUGGGUGGCACCACCCAGCCGGCGAGCACCCGCCGUCCUCCGGUGACCACCGCUCGCCCCACCGCCCGUCCCACUGCCCGUCCCACCGCUAGGAGCUGCCCGCUCUUCCCGGAGGUCUGCUCUAGGGGCAGUCCCAAGGUGUGCGGCAGGACUCCGCGCGGCGAGUGCCAGCGGUUCGAGAACAUCUGCCACCUGAUGCUGGCCAACGUGCUCCGGCUGCCCGAGGGGGUGCGCCACACCCGCGACAUCGAGUGCCGCAACGUGAGGGGCGACGGCCCCGCCCACCGCCGCCCCUGUUUGAAUCCCUGUCCCGCACGCCCCGUCGUCUGCAAGAGGUCGCCGCCGAGCCAGAACAUCUGCGUGAGGAGCCGGAACGGCCGACAGUGCAAGGUGCUGGCCAACACCUGCCAGUUGCGCAACCAGAACUGCCACAGCCAGCCCAGGAACAACUGGCUCCGCACCGACAGGAGGCGCUGUGGCCAGCUGCAGCUGGGCGACAAGCCACAGGAGUGCAUCCGGGUGCCAGUGCGAACCAGCCCCAGGACCACCCGCAGGCCACGAUCCACCCCCUCGCCUCGCAGCACCACCACCACUGCCAGGUCGGUCUGAGGGGUCAAGGACAUCUGGGGGUUCCAUACUUAGCUCCAUCUGCAAGUGACCCCACAUCCCAUUUUUUUUUUUUCAAGCAACUACUUUGUAUUUUAAUAAAACAUAAACUGCAUGUCAUGACUAAAAGA